CCAUCCCUCCAUCCCUCCCUCCAUCCAUCCAUCCAUCCAUCCAUCCAUCCCUCCCUGGUCCGUUUCCGAGCUCUCGGAGCUGCAGCUUCCCCCAGCCCGGACUGAGACUCGUGCGGCUCAUGUUUCCUGCCACCCUGCGGAUGGAGAUUCAACCUUGGGGGAGGACGGAUGCUUUCGUUGAAGUCCACACUGAGGCAGCACUAUGGGAACCAAGCAGACCAAGGGCCAGGAUCAUGGAGGAGCCACUCCUCCACACGGCUGGAAGUGCACGCCAGCUAAGGAGCGGGGAGAUAUCUUGGCCUCCCUCAUGAUGAAAUCAGGAGAGCGUCUGAGCCGUUGUGGCACACCGCCGCCGCCCUAUCAGCGUCGCAUUGGAAUGAUCCAUGAGAUGAUGUUGAUGGCAAAGCAGGGCAAACAAGAGGAGGCCAUGGAGAUGCUCAAAACACUUCGACAGGACUUGGGCAUGGAGUCAACAUCUCUGGAUGACGUGUUGUAUCGCUACGCGAGCUUCCGUAACCUGGUUGAUCCCAUCACACAUGACCUGAUCAUCAGCCUGGCACGAUAUGUCCACUGCCCCAGGACGGAGGCAGACUCUCUAGGGGCAAUGGAAAAGGUUUGUCGUCAGCUGACAUACCAUCUCAGCCCCCAUUCCCAGUGGAGGAGACACGGCCUGCUCAAGAGGAAACCUCAGGCCUGUCUGAAGGCAGUAUUGUCAGCUCCUCUCUCCAGUGGCACUCUGGAUCUUUCUGGCAUCCCACUGACGUCCCGGGACAUGGAGCGUCUGUGUGCACACCUACAGCAUCAUGCAUUCGCUGUGGUCAGCUUGGAACUGGGCUUCACUGAACUAACAGAUGAGGCUUUCCUUCUGCUGCUCCCCACGCUGGCUACACUGCCACACCUUGAGACUCUGGUCCUGAAUGGAAACAGAUUGACCAGAGCUGUUCUGAAGGAGUUAACUGAUGCCCUGAAGGAUCAAAACAGUUUCCCGAGUGUGACAUGGAUAGACCUGGGCAACAAUGUGGACAUCUUCUCCCUGCCACAGCCGUUUCUGGUCAGCCUGAGGAAGCGCUGUCCCAAGCAGGGCAACCUGCCCACCAUCUUGGAGUUUGGAGAAAGCCAGGCCAGCGACCCACCUGAAAAGGUUAGGUGUCUUUGGGACGAGGAGGACACUGAUGACACCAACCGAACCGAGAGCAUGGGUGAGCUCCGGUCAGAGGUGGAGGAAGAGCUGGAAGGGGAGACGGAGAUAGAAGAAAUGAUGGAGGAGCUGCUGGAUUUUGACAGGGAGGUGCAGGGGAAGGACGAUGAAGAUGAGAGCAUGUGGACAGUAGGAGAGCAGACAAGAGCAGGGGAGGGGAAGAGGAGGAGGAGGAGCAAUGGGGAAGAGGAAAAAGAGAAGGAGGCACAGAGAAGAAAAGCAUAUGAAGGGAGGAGGGCAGUUGUGGUGGAGGUUGAUGAAGACACACAGAGCUGUUCAUCCCUCCUGUCCUGUUCCAGCCAUUCGCAGCACUCAUGCGAUGCAGUUGAUCCAAUAAGAGUGCAGAGGGAUGACUUGAUUGACCAAUCAGACCAUUUAACCUGACUGCUGCUCCUCACUCUGAUUAUGUUUUCCUCCCUGUGUCUGGUCCUGUGUGGAGGGAGGUGAAAAAAGCAGAUGCUAGUGUUGCAUGGCAUGGCAAUGCCACUUGAAAUUACCUCCAGUAAUGACAUUUAUGACUCCAGAGCCUUGAGCUACUGAUAGAAUGACUGCUGAUGCCACAAGAGGCCAUUCCCCAAGGGGAAGGGCAUUUAUUAUAGCUGUACAUUAUGCCAUAGCUGUGAGUGAGAAUGUGCAGUACUGACUACUUUAUCAUAUCAAAUGGAGCUUUUAUGAAUAAAAUGUCACAUCCUUUAUUCUUUUAAUCUUGAUAAUACCUAAAUGUGCCUGUAACACCUCUGGUUAUUGGUUUAAAAUGUGUCAUGAGUGAUAAAGCUUCAUGAGAAGAUUAAAAAAUCCCCAGACAUAAACUAGUAAGUUUAAACUUUUUUUUUCAAAAACUAAAAAUGGAAAUGUAUAAAACAUCUCCCUUCCAAAUACUUUACUAAUAGCUAGCCAGCUGUAUGAGAAGAUGAACAGGUAUCAAAAGUUAACCCAUUCAUUGAACUCUUGCUGCUUAAAAACAGAUUAACUGUCUGUGAAGAGGAGAGUCACGGAAGCAACUGAUAACAUCAAAUCCAUGUUGCAAAGGUCUAAUGUUUAUUAGACAACUGUGUGAAAAACAAUAAAGAGCAUCUUUUGACAGGACCAGGACUGGGUGGUGUUAGUGUACAGUGAAUAGAUGUACUAACCUCAAUGCCAUGUGGCCUGAAGCAUAUGUCAAAUAUUUAGUAGCUUAUAUAUAAUACAUAAUCCAUGUUUGAAUUCAUGUUACUGUACAUCAGAGUGUGUCACAUGCUUACUAUGAUCGGCUUGUCAAGUUGUUGAUUUGCUGAGUUUUAACAAGUAAAUUGUAAUCUCUCUCUCUCUCUCUCUCUCUCUCUCUCUCUCUCUCUCUCUCUCUCUCUCUCUCUCUCUCUCUCUCUCUCUCUCUCUCUCUCUCUCUCUCUCUCUCUCUCUCUCUCUCUCUCUCUCUCUCUCUCUCACACACACACACAUAUAUACACACCAUAGGGCAAAAAGUAUUUAGUCAGCCACCAAUUGUGAAAGUUCUCCCACUAUGUAUGUCCAGCUUUACAGAAAACCUUUGACCUCUGUCAUUGCCAACAAUAGGUAUAUAACAAAGUAUUGAGAUUAACUUUUGUUAUUGAAAUACUUAUUUUCCACUAUAAUUUGCAAAUACAGUACAUUCUUUAAAAAUCAGACAAUGGGAUUUUAUGGAUUUUUUUUUUUCAUUUUGUCUCUCAUAGUUGAGAUAUACCUGGCAUGAAAAUUACAGGCCUCUCUUAUCGUUUUAAGUGGGAGAACUUGCCCUACUCGACCUGUCCAGGGUGGACCUGCCUCUCGCCUGAAAAUAGCUGGGAUAGGCUCCAGCAGACCCCCGUGACCCUGCUCUCCAGCAGACCCCUGUGACCCUGCUUUCCAGCAGACCCCCGUGACCCUGCUCUCCAGCAGACCCCCGUGACCCUGCAAAGGAUAUAGCGGGUAUAGAUAAUGGACGGAUGGAACUUGCACUAUUGGUGUCUGACUAAAUACUUUUUCGCCCCACUGUAUAUAUAUAUAUAUAUAUAUAUAUAUAUAUAUAUAU